GCAAACUGUGUCAAGUUGUUUAGAACCGCCUUCAGUUAUUAUUUGGGCCUGUCCCAACAUCAAAGUGUAUCAACUGCUAUCUCUUAUCUGACACUGCACUCUCUUGCGGGACGAACAGAUUGAUUGCGCUCAGGCGGCUGGCGGCUGGCGGUGUUGGGCGACUAGACAGAGUGGAACAAUUGUGUGCUGCGUGCAGCGAGAUCAAUGAUGCGAUUCGUCCAGGAAGCAAGGCACCCAACUACGGGCGGCGGCGGUUAGAUCGAGGGCAUCGAGAUUCGACACGAUCGGACGGAUAAGGUUGGCCGAGGAAAAAAGAAGUUCAAACGGACGGUUCUCUGUGCCCGCUGUUCGACUGAUGGUUUGCGAGGUAUGUACUUGGAAGUGAAAUGGAAACGAAAUCGAAACGGGAAUGUGAAGACCGGAGAAAAUGCUGUCGAAGCAGAGGAAGAGACGGCAGAGCGCACUGGCAGUGGAUGGAUUCGCGUGGGCCGGUCAGUAGGUACAGUUGUAGUCGUAACAGCAACUGGUUGGCGGUUCAAGUUGACGGUGAUAUCAACUGCGGGUGCCAGUGACAGCGAUUUUCCUGUGAAAGGGACCCAGCGCCCGGCGGUGAUAAAGCGAGAGUCGACGAGUGAAGGGCCUCCGUGGCUUGUAUGUCCUCCUACUAGUACCAGGUAGUCUCGCAGAAUGAGCAGAUGUGAUAGAACUCAACGAUCGGAUCGAUUGAUGACGGUGGGCGGGAGAGCAGUCGGAUGGUCCUUGCGUUGGAUUAUGGGAUUAUGGGCUUUAUUAUGAUGGGUCAGUACCAGCAGCCAUGGCAGUGAUGAUAGUGACGAUAGACGGUGUAUGUAUUCCCUUAUUUAUUGCUACGAACAUGGACAGCGAUGAGACUAAUGCGAUCAGAGAAGCAGUGCGAUGCAUAGACACAUCAUUGUACAGGAAAGCCAGGUACAUAGUACUCCUCUGGUUGUAUACCGGCGCAGUUCAAUCCUGUUUUCUGUUCCGUGACGAGUACCUGGUCGUGGUAGUUGUAUACAAUUUCACUCCCGGUGCCUGCGCUGCAAUUUGGCCCCCGCUGCCACUGCGGCGCCACCUGCGCAACUCGCGGGCACACAGCCUUAUUUAACAAGCCUAAAGCUGGCGCCACGUCUUCCCCAUCCAUCGCAAUUCGGAGCUGUCAAUUGACUCUCUAUUAAUUAAGCCUUGACCUCAAUCGAGAAAAGAAAAGUUGCUUACGUUGUACAUACCUACAGCCUGCUGUCUGCCAUCAUCUCAGACCAUGCUCGAGCUCCGUGUCGGACACUUCCACAGCCCCUGAAAAGUCCUCAACGUCGAAUCUCGCGAUCAUGAACCCCACACAAUCUUUUCGGCAGAUUCUCCCAGUUCGGUGACACCGGCCACCAUUGAAAGAGAAGGAACAGAAAAAUCCUACAACAUAAUACCAGCUAUACAGUAUAUACCACAGAAAGGAAACGAAUCCCAGCUCGGGACCAGGCCUGUGCUGUAUUUCAGCAUUAGGUUCCCGAAAAUGGGCUUCAUAUCCCCGCCAAAGUCCCCAUUCGCCCCUCCAUCCCUUAUAUACCAGCUAAUCUACCACCCUCUCACCACCCUCAUCGCACUUUUACACCAUUUGAUCCUCUGGCUGCGUGGACGACCAUACGUACCACCGAAGAACAAAGUGCCCAUCCGCGUCGUGUGCCUCUCUGACACGCACUCCAAGAUCCCACCCACUUCGAUUCCAAAAGGCGACCUACUCAUCCACUCUGGCGACCUCACCAACGCAGGCACACUGACAUCGAUCCAACAAUCGAUCGACUGGCUCAAGACGCUCCAGAAGCCAUGGUACGGCUCGAGCGACGGGUUCCGACAUAUCGUCGUAGUGGCCGGCAACCACGACAGCUACUUUGACGAGCGCAGCCGGAGUUUCCACGACUCGAAAAACACCCGGCGCAAACUCGACUGGGGCAAGAUCCACUACCUCGAACACUCGGGCGUCACUCUCCCAUUUCCCGACGGACGAGAACUCAAGGUUUACGGCGCGCCUCAGAUCCCCAAGUGCGGCGGCAAGGACUUUGCCUUUCAAUACGUCCGCGGGCAAGACGCUUGGAGCAACACCAUUCCCGACGAUGUUGAUGUGCUGGUCACCCAUAACCCGCCCAAGUGGCAUUUGGAUAUCCCGCAGAACGGCGGCAUGGGCGACGAGUUCGAGCUGCGCGAGGUCUGGCGCGUCAAGCCGACCUUGCAUGCUUUUGGCCAUGUCCACUCGGGCUACGGCAUCGAGUCCGUCUGGUGGGACGAGAGCCAGAAGGCCUGGGAGGAGUACCUGGCCUACGCAUACAGCAAACCCGCCGGCACCACCACAAGCCACCGCCUGCUUCUCUCCGAACUCGUCGAUUUCCAGCUCUGGGCUAUGGCUUUCAAGUCGCUCGUUGCGGAUGUCAGAGGCCUCCUCUGGACGAGGAUCUGGGGUGGCGCCGGGCAAGGCGGCUUCAUGGUCAACGGUGCCUUGACCUACCGAACUACGGAUAAGCUGGCGAAUAAGCCCAAAGUAGUCGACUUGUAGAUGUUACAAACAAACUCGACCUCAUGUAAAACGACUGAUUGACAUGGCUGCGCAAUAUAAUUAAAUGCAGCAUCCACGUGUAGAAGCAACGGAGAUUACGCACACGUUCGACGAAAAAAAAGAGAAUAGAAAUUCAGCUUCGUUCACGAGUCCA